AUGAAUAUGCCUGAGAAACAUCAAUUCGUUGUGGAACAAACAGAUGACCUCUUGCCUCUAUCAUCAGAAAGGCAAAGGCAGCGCAGAGUACUAGCCGAAGCAUCUUGGCGUCCACUGACCCUGGCGACAUGGCUCUUACAAGCAACCUUGGUAUACCAGCUCUCACAGAACAUCCAACAUGCACGACGAGGUACUCGUACUCUGGUGCCAAUUCUGUUCGUAUGCUGGCAGAUCAUCCUUCUGGCCACUGGUGCCCUGGAAGAAGGCUGGCGCUUUUGCAUCUCAGGCAAAGUCAAGCAAAGAAGAAAGACAAGACUGGUCGGCGACCAAGUGCCUUUCGUGGACAUAAUUAUUGUCUGUUGCGGCGAAGAGCUGGAUGUCAUCCUUGACACUGUUCGAGCAGCCUGCGCGCAGGACUAUCCAGGCGCGCAACUCCGUGUGUUGGUCGCAGACGAUGGCAACGAUGACUUACUGGAAGGCUCGAUCACUGCUUUGGGCAAGACAUCGCCAUGCCAACUUCUCUACCACCGGCGACCCGGGAAGGCAGGCUCGAAGAAGGGAUACAAGGCGGGUAACAUGAAUUCAGCACUGGUCUACGCGGACUCGGUUCACACUGGUAAUCCUGUUGAAUUUUGCGCUUUCCUCGACUGCGAUAUGAUCGUGGAGCGCGACUUCCUUCGAGCUUGUCUCGGACACCUGAUACUGGAGCCGAAUGCUGGCGUCGUGAUCGUUCCGCAGAGCUUCUACAAUCUACCGCGAAACGAUCCCCUAUAUCAGUCAAUGCAUGUGCACAACUGGCUAGAUCAGGUACAACACGACACUCUCGAUUCUACUUGGGAGACAGGGCCCGGAGUAGUGUUUCGGCGACAGGCAAUAUCGAACAUGGACGGGUUCGAUGAAUGGGUCUUGAUGGAGGACGUGAUCGCUGGGAUGCUGCUCAAUGGCCUGGGCUGGAAGACUGAUUACUGCUAUGAGCAGCUACAAUGGGGACUGAUUCCAGAUGACCUAGCAGCUCAUAUCGCGCAGAGGAAGAAAUGGGUCGUCGGAACUGUUCGAGGCGCGAUGAUAGCGGCAUUUGGCUUCCAUCGGACACGAAUGGCUCAACUUUCGUGGCGACAACGAACCGUCCAGGUCUGCUAUUGCAUUGGUCCCUAUGUUUCGGCGAUACACCGGACGCUACUCCCAUUGGCCUUUUUGUUGUUGAUGGCCUCGAAGGAGCCUCUCGUUGUGUCCAGCCAUCCAAUACAACUCGAUCGGAUGCUGCAUAUUGGCUUUUUGAUCGGCAUUUGCUACCGUGCUCAAAGUAUGGUGACCGGAUAUCACUGCGGCUAUCGCAUGGCGCGACGGAGAACACAGGGUGCGAUCUGGCUGAGCCCAUACCUUCUGGUCACAAUCAUCAAGGAGUUCCUACCCAAAUGCCUUGCUGGUUUGCCAAUGAGAUUCGUACCUACUGGACGACUGAACUCGAAUCUCCAAGAGCGCAACAGCGGGCUUCGGGCGACAGUGUGGAGACGUCUGAUUGUCAUGAUCAUACAGCAGGGACUCUGGUAUCAUCUACUGGUUGGUACAUCUGCUGUCAGCCUUUUGUACCGCGACUACAUGUCGGCGCAAACACACGCCAGUCGGGGCGAUAUGUGCCAACACAUUUGGACGCACGCACUCGCUCCUGGAGUAGAUUGGCUGGUGUACGUCGACUUGCUUGCACCCAUAAUGUAUGCUUUGUUGCCUCCGAUAGUGUCGCCGCGGCGAGAGCUCUUGGAGCAAACGGUAGUAAGUGGACUAGAGACUUGGCAUCCGGCGCAGUCUCGCAGAGUCGAGGAGUGGAGUGCCUCUUUCUGGUUUGAAGAAUGUCCGUGGAUUGUGGCUUACGCAGUCUGCGUCUACCUCCGUACCAAGACUUGUACCACGUAG